ACCAAGACUUCUCUUUGUAUUUUAUCACGACUUUUUGUCUCUAUUUCCAUGGAUCCUCAAGCAUCUGAACCCAUCAAGCGUGUGUACUCUGUUUGGGCACUCCCUCCAGAAGAUGUGGCACAACGGCUCAGGAAACUGAUGGCAGAGCUCCGAUCGGAGUUCGACGGUCCUGAGUUCGAGCCCCAUGUAACCGUGGUCGGAGCCAUCAGUCUGACAGAGACAGACGCUCGGGAGAAGUUUGUGGCUGGAUGUGAAGGUCUGAAGACUUAUAACGCCACCGUCGAGAAAGUGACCACAGGAACCUUCUUCUAUCAGUGCGUAUUUCUUCUCCUGCGACCAGACCCACAGGUGAUUGCAACAGCUGCUAAUUGUUGGAAUCAUUUUGGUUACAAGAACUCUACACCUUAUAUGCCACAUCUCAGCAUCUUAUAUGGUGAUCUAUCCGAGGAAGACAAGAAAAAGGCUCAAGAGAAAGCGAACAUCAUCGAUGAUAGCCUGGCUAACCUGAGUUUCGAGAUAAAUCGACUCGCUUUGUAUGAAACAGAUACAGAAGACAUUACUCUCAAGUCCUGGAAGAAGAUAACUGAGUUCCAUCUACAGCCAAAUUAAACCCAAAAUGCAAAAAUAAUGAAAUUUGUUUGAGUAGUGCUGCAAUUGUUUACUUAUGUAAUGGAUAUUGUUAAAUUGGAACAGGAUAAACCUAGCUGGUAUUUGCUCUUCUAUAUUGUUCACCUAU